GACAGACGGGCGGGCAGCGCUGCCUAGGAAGCCCAGAGACUGGCGGCCGCCCCCCGGCGGGCUCUCGCCUCUCCGCCCCCACGAAAGCGGCUGAGCUCCGCCGCCCCUUCCUCCCCGCCCGCUGCCUCCCCGCCCUCCGCUUUCCGGCCGCCGCGCCUGGCUCACCAACCGAGCCCGCAGCCUUGCAGCGCAGCGGAGAGCGCCCGAGCCCGGGCUCGGUCGGUCACUCGGUCGGUAGGACGGACGGGCGGACGUUGAGUCGAAGCGGCCGACGCUGCAAGGCGACGGGAGCUCUGGAGCGGCGGGGAUGCCCUGCCCCGGCAGGCUGCUGCUGCUGCCCUGAAACGGCGGCGAGAGAAGCGUCGGAACGCGACUGAGCGAAACAUAAGAACUUCUGCCAACCUUGCUGUUUCUGAAUUUGUCUUUGGUGUGGAAAAAGAAACAAGAUUCGGGCUAUCUGCUAAUAUUCUGCCUUAGCUGAGUGCAGAGAUUGCCAAGAGCUGCUUCUGCCUGACCCAAUGGCCUACACCAUCAGCCCCACCCCAUCUGUGCCAGUGGGAACCCCGAAUUGUGUUUGCAAAGUGGAACUGUCUGUGUGUGGUCAAAACCUUUUGGACAGAGAUGUGACCUCAAAAUCGGAUCCUUUUUGUGUCUUAUUUAUGGAAAUCAAUGAAAAAUGGACAGAGAUCGACAGGACAGAAACGGCGGUGAACAACCUCAACCCGGCUUUCUCCAAAAAGUUCAUCAUAGAUUAUCACUUUGAGGAGGUUCAGAAGUUGAAAUUUGCCUUAUUUGACCAAGACAAAUCAAGCAUGCAACUAUACGAACAUGACUUCCUGGGAGAAUUUUCUUGCACACUGGGAUCGAUUGUCUCAAGCAAGAAAGUAACGAGAGCACUCAUUCUCGGGAAUGGAAAACCAGCCGGAAAGGGAACGAUAACGAUAGCAGCCCAGGAGUUAUUGGACAAUCAGGUGAUCACACUCAGCAUGGCUGGCAGGAAGUUGGAUAAGAAGGAUUUGUUCGGAAAAUCAGAUCCAUUUUUAGAGUUUUAUAAACAGGGGGAUGAUGGGAAAUGGAUGCUGGUCCACAGGACAGAGGUAAUUAAAUACACGCUAGAUCCUGUAUGGAAGCCAUUCACGGUGCCUUUGAUCUCUCUAUGUGAUGGGGAUACAGAAAAGCAGAUCAAGAUUGUGUGCUAUGACUACGACAAUGAUGGAGGACAUGAUUUCAUCGGGGAGUUCCAGACUUCUGUUGACACGAUGUGCAAAGAUGGCUCUGUGGUAGAGUUUGAAUGCAUCAAUCCUAAGAAACAGAAGAAGAAAAGGAGCUACAAAAAUUCGGGCAUCAUCAUCGUCAAGUCCUGCAAAAUCACCCGAGAUUACUCCUUCCUGGAUUACAUCCUCGGAGGCUGCCAAUUAAUGUUUACGGUUGGAAUUGACUUCACGGCAUCCAAUGGAAAUCCUCGGGAUCCGACAUCUUUGCACUACAUUAACCCCAUGGGGACCAACGAAUAUCUUUCAGCCAUCUGGGCAGUCGGGCAAAUUAUCCAAGACUAUGACACAGACAAAAUGUUUCCUGCCUUGGGAUUUGGGGCCCAGCUCCCACCAGACUGGAAGGUUUCUCAUGAAUUUGCCAUUAAUUUUAAUCCCACCAACCCUUUUUGCCUUGGUGUAGAAGGCAUCGUCCAGGCCUACUCGAGUUGUCUGCCUCAUAUUCGUUUUUAUGGACCAACCAACUUCUCCCCCAUCAUUAACCACGUGGCUCGGUUCGCGGCCCAAGCGAUCCAGCAGGAAUCUGCCAGCCAAUAUUUUAUCCUGCUGAUCAUCACCGAUGGUGUCAUCAGUGACAUGGAUGAGACACGGCAUGCUGUCGUACAGGCUUCCAGGUUGCCCAUGUCCAUCAUCAUCAUCGGGGUCGGGAACGCCGACUUUGCUGCCAUGGAGUUUCUGGAUGCAGACAAUCGCAUGCUCCGGUCGUACACGGGCGAGGAGGCUGUGCGGGAUAUUGUCCAAUUUGUGCCAUUCCGUGAAUUCCGCAGUGCACCCAAAGAAACGUUGGCCAAGGCCGUGUUGGCAGAACUCCCACAGCAAGUGGUUCAAUACUUCAAGCACCAGAAUUUGGCACCCCUCAACUCACAACCUGCUUAGAAGUCAAUCGUUUGCUCCUGGCCUGCAUGUAUUCCACAUCUAUUGGUGGCAGAAGAUUGCAUGUCUCCCCUGGUUUCCAAUAACUUUUCGUUUAACUGAGUUCAUUUAAUCAAAAGGAGCAAAGCAUAACCCGAUUCCUUCCAAAGGCAACUUGCAGUGUGAGUUUAGGGAUCUGCAUUCAAGGAUCCUGGAAGGAAACAACCCACCAUGACCGAUAGUGGACAUGCCUUGAUUCCACAAGUCAACUUUUUAAGUAUCUGAAUGUACUUUUUAUGAGUUUUGUGGAACGAGAGGACCUUUUUACAGCCACCACUUAUUGUCUUCAAGUGUGACGUUCUCAAAAUCUCAUUGCCCAAAGAAAUGUGGACCACCCUUCAAUGUGUUGUAAUUUGUACUUCUGCUCUACGUUCAUUUUUAUACCAUGUAAACUUGAUUAUUUGUUAUACUCAGGUUAAUAAAGAACCCUGAACUCUC